GAUAGUAUAUUGUACAAACAUGAAAAGUAUCUUGUUAGAACAAUAAACUUUUCACGUUAUAACGUGAUAUACUUCUAUUUUUCUUUUGCCUGGGUGGCAGCUCUACGCUUCCGAACAAAAACGCUGAAACCGGAGAAAUAAAAUGUGCGAGGGGGACGAUAACGACGACAAGAGUCCCCCGAUCGUUUACUCUUCCUGUCCUGUGAACAACACCGGCGUGGUGUUAAUUGUUUGCUGUUUUCGCGAUCGCGUCGCGCAUGAGGAUAUCACCAGCUCCUGAAACGCAAGACUGCCACACAUCUGUUCGACCAACGCCAGUUGAUCUAAACGCCAGUUGAUCUGGAACACCGGCAACUCCGAUAUUUUUUAUGGAAACAGGCAUUUCUUUUAUGUUUAUGUGUUUUCAGUGGCUGCAGCUGAUGACGGCGACACUAGCAAUUUGUGUUAUAAAUCCAGAUGCCGCUGCUCCUCGUCAGCAGGCCGGGUGAGAAGUAUGGUCUUCACCAAACCUCCACAGGAGCUGCUCAGCCGAGUCGCUGACCUUCACUCAGGCACAGAGGGUAUCCACGCACCUUCACGUGGUGCUUUCGGUGGCUGGUUACAAAUGAUGUGAGAUAUACGAAGUAACAAAUAGCAUUCUCUGCCAACAGGCUCAGAAGACACAACUAUGUAGAAACACAUAACAGACCAGAACCACAGAAGCAAUGUGUACAAUGGACCCUAACAUGGCAGCAAAGUGCAACAAUGUCUCUCCGUGUGGGGUCAAGAGUUCAGGACUUUUGACCAACCAACUUUGACCUACGUAGACUCCGAGCCAAUGAAAAGACGUAACCGUCUACGGUCACUGUAGACUUUGCGCUACCGUAGACUUGACGGGUAUCUCUUCUUCACAGCUGGUCUACCCUUUUGGGCUACAGCAUUCAACAUUCACAAAUGGACAAAAUAGUGAACUUUAUCUUCUGCCUUUGAUUCUACAGCAGUUUAUUCUUAUUUAAUUUGACAUCUUUUUAUGUUCUCCUGAAAUUAAAUACAAAUUACAUGCAUUUUUUAAUUUUAAUGUGCCAAGUAAAAGUAAAAUGUAUGUGUUUAAGAAUCUGCACUUUUCUACUGCACUUUUACUAGCAAUGCUGUUUUUGUAAAAAAAAAUAAAAUGUUGCUGAAAUCCAGUGAAGCUGUUUUCACUUCUUUCUUAUUCUCUCUACACAUGUCAUGAUAGACUAGAUGGAAAAAAUGCAAUGAAAGCAAAUUUCUGUGGUCAUAUUAGUAUGAGGUGUAAGUGUAUUAACACAAUCACUGAGGGAAACACAGAGUGCAUACACAAGUACUUUCAUCACAAGACCUAAACAAGUAAAUCAUGGCCUUGGAUAGUGACAGUUAUGAUUACAUACACUUUAAUGAGACUCUAAGCAGCGAGACCGAGUAUGACAUUAAGAUAUCAGAACUUCACUAUCCUGCUGCUGUCAACAGUCUCGUCUUCUGCAUCAGCCUGCCUGCAAACAGCUUCCUGCUGUGGGUCCUCUGGACGGAACGAGCUUGGAAGAUCACAUCGGAUAUUUUACUUCUGCAACUCACAGUUUCUAACCUCUGCUUCACUGUGACAUUGCCUUUUGCAGCCUGUAAUGCACUCCAUGGGUGGGUCUUUGGAGAGUGGGCCUGUGGAGUAGCUGCAGGGAUUUAUUAUCUGGGACAGUUCACCGCCGUGGUGAUCAUCACUGCCAUGUUUUUGCAUUAUUAUGUUACUGUGGUUCAGCCUUGGUGCUUGUCUGCACAGGCCUUAGGAAAAUAUGGAGUUCUCAUAGGUAGCAUUGUGAUGUGGCUGGUGUGUGCUGCUGCAAGCAUUAAAUUGGCUGUGAGUGGUAGAGUCAUCGAAUUCGCUGACCUGAAAGUGUGUGUAAAUUUGGUGGAGUCACUAACCAUGAAACUCAUCGACCUCUACACACAGAUUUUUCUUUUCUUUCUCAUUCCUGUCCUUAUCACUUCAUUCUGUUAUGUUCACAUGUGGAUAAUGGCAAAGCAGGGCAGGAUAAACAGCCAACAACUGCCUUCAAAAUUGAUUUUAGGCAUAACUGUCAGUACUUUUCUAUGCUUGGCUCCUUACAGCAUCCACAUGUUUAUACAGUCCUUGCUACUAUUGGAUUUUUAUGAGUACACACAUGAACUGAUAUAUGCUUGGUUCGUCAUUCAUCCCAUCACUCACAUCUACUGCUGCUUUAUCCCUUUGGUGCAUUUAAUAGGAGUACAAAGGUUUAGGAGGUAUCUUCCCAUGCCGUGCAGUACAUUAUCACUGUGCAGAGAUGAGACUAAAACUGACAGUCCAAUGGCAUUAAUCCCUCUCCAAAAUGCGGAAGAAAUUUGAAUUUACUGUACAAUGCAUGCAUUAGGAUGAGACGGGUAGAUGCUUGAGAAGUUAUUAGAUAAAUUAGCUGAAGUUAAUAUAGUACAAGCAACAGUAACAACAACAAAAAGUGGGUGGCACCUAUUAAUGAUAGAGUCUGACUUUUGUUGAUGCCAAAGGGGUGUACCACAAAGCAAGAUUAAUGGCUUAGUGAGUUUUAUGUUAUGAAAGUGACUUUUUUUUUUAACCUGGCUAAAUCACCAUGGUAACAUGCUGAAUACACAACCAGUGAAAGUUGAUAACCACCUUUGUAAUACUAAUUAUGUCCCACUGUGGUUUUAAGUUUUGUUGAGUCAGGUAAGACAAAGAAAGCCAACAUUCUCCUAGUAUACAUCUUUGGUACAGAGUGGUUCAAAAUGGCAAAUAGAUAAAAAAAUAACUCAAUUAGUCAAGCUUUAUAGAAAGACAAAUGCUACAACUGGUGUUUCAUGCACAGAAAAUUCAGGGUGUUCUGUGGUUAGACUGGGAUUCUACCAGUUACUGCAAAGGUGUCCAUCAUAUAAAGAGAAACAGAAGUGACAAUUUCAGUUUGACAUUGUGUAAUGUGUUGUGUUUCAAUACGUUUUCUUAAUGUUUUUAACUGUGUUAUAUACUUUCUGAUCAGAAUCUUCUAUUUUAUACUUGUGCUACUCCAAAAUGAUCAGUUGAUUAUACUGUACAUCGUAUUAGUGAUACUGUAGAUUGGUCACUAUGAUUACAUGUGUUACAUUUUAUGUUGUCAAAGAAAUCACUUUCAAAGUUAUUUUUUAUACAUUUGAUAUUAUGAUUAUUUUCACAUUUUAUUUCAUGUAAAGUAUUCUCAAUAAAUUUGAUUAAAAAAAAUAAAACUAACUUUU